UGGUUAACUAAUCGUAUGUUGGUAAAGGUUACCUGGUUAAGGGAACUAGAGGAGAUAAAAAUCUCUCCUUGAAACUACAAACCUCUCUCUGCUCAACGGUCCUUUUUCGCAGAACAAUUAAAUAUUUCCUUCCCAAAACACAAAAUAAGAUAAAUAAAAUAAAACACUCUCCCCUGCUCUGCUGCACCAUCUCUCUCUCUCUCUCUGUUUUCUGUGCUAAGAAACGAACUGGAUUUCUGCUCUCAGAUGGCUGCAUUUCUAAUUUUCUCUCAAAAUUCUCCAAAAGCUAUUUUUUAACAUAAAAUUUCUCUUAAAAUUCCUAGUUCUUAGAAGCAGAUUGUCCAUUUUCUUUUUCAAAAAUCCACAAGAAUCUUCCAAAAACUCACCUUUAUCACUUUUACACCAUUUUUUACCUCCUAAAAGCAGAAAGUCUCCACCUUUAGCGAGAGAGAGAGAGAGAGAGAGAUGGGGGGAUGUGUUGCUUCCAAGCUGGAGGAAGAAGGAGGAGUUGUGACAAUUUGUAGAGAGAGAAAACGGCAGCUGAAGCUGGCGGUGGAGAAAAGAUACGCCCUUGCGGAGGCGCACUGUAAGUACGGCCAUGCUUUGUUUGCGGUGGCUGCCGCCGUGGACUUCUUUGUUGCAGGCUAUUCUUCCCCUCCUAAACCUUACCUCAUCACAUUUUCGCCUCACUCUCCUCCUCCUCAGCCGCCGGAGUCGGCGGCUCCGCUUCCGAUCACUGAGAAUGUGAUAACCAACCCAAUGUUUCUUCAGCAGAGACCGUCUGAGUCGACCCAUGAAGCCAUUGCUUGUCACUCAUGUGGUUCUUCAACAUCCUCCGACUCCUCUGAGGAGGAGAGAGAAGAAGAGGAGCAAAAAACAGACGUGAGAGAAGAAGAACAGGGAUGUGGGUACUUUUAUAUGCAAAUGCCACCAGCAAUGCCGUCACCACAGAGAGACUUUGGGUGGGAUUUCUUCAACCCUUUCGACGCCGUGAGGCCGGAGGUCAUAAGCGGGUACAGGCGGAGCUCCGACGAGGAUUUAAGGGUGGUGAGGGAGGAGGAAGGGAUACCUGAGCUGGAAGAGGAAGAAGGGGAGAGUCAGAGAGAAGAAGAGCAGGAAGAAAACCAGGCGGUGGUGGUGGAAGAAAAAGGCAGCGGAGAACAGCGCGACGGCGGAGCUGAGGUGGUGAAGGUGGUUGAUGAGGCGGCUAAUGCGAGGGAGGGGGAGCAAAAAGGGCUUGCUGUGAUUGAUACACCAGCUGAAGGGAGGGAGCUUCUGGAAGCACUGAAGGACAUUGUGGACCUUUUCUCUAGGGCUUCUGAUUCUGCAAAGGAUGUGUCCAGGAUGCUUGAUGCUAAUAAAUUGCAAAUGCAGUCUGGUUUGGAGGAAAUUAAAGAGAACUCAACAAAGCUAAUUCAAGCUAUAACAUGGCAUAACUCAACUUCAUCGUCUAAGCUUUCGUCGUGCAAGAGUCUCGUGGCAUCCAGAUCUAAGGGUUCGUCAACAUGGACGGAAUUUAACAAUGAUCUUUUCAAUGAUUAUGGAGGAAUGGAUUCAGGAAGUCAUUCACUUACUCUAGAAAGGCUAUAUGCCUGGGAAAAGAAGCUCUAUGAAGAAGUUAAGGCCGGAGAUAUGACAAGGAAACUGUAUGAGAAAAAAUGCUCGCGACUUAAACACCACGACAUAGGAGACAAUGAGACCAUGGACAAAACUCGAGCUGCAGUGAAGGAUUUAUAUGCCAGGAUCUUAAUUGCAAUUCGGAGUGCCGAGUCAAUUUCCAAGAGAAUCCAGAUACUGAGAGAUGAAGAACUGCAGCCUCAAAUUGUUGAGCUGUUGAAAGGCUUAAUGCGCACCUGGAAAAUUAUGUUGGAAUCUCAUGAAACCCAACACAAGAUCCUUUCUGAGGUGAAAUCUUUUGCCAGCUCUGCAUAUGGAAAGUUCAGCAACAUCUCUCACAUGCGUGCAACACUUCAGCUCCUCGCUGAGCUUCAGAAUUGGCAUGCAUGCUUUAAGGAGUACGUCGCUGCACAAAAAGCAUAUGUUGGAACUCUCCAUGGUUGGCUAACCAAGUUCGUGGUCCCUGAAGAAAACUUCUACUCGGGGAGCAGGAGUUCAGCUGCGCCGUUUGGCGUCAGUGGCCCCCCGUUGCUCAUUAUCUGCCAUGAUUGGUUAUCUUCCCUGGAGAAAUUACCUGAUACUUUGGUGACCAUUGCCUUGAGAAGCUUUACAAAGGACGUGAGGGCUCUGUUGAAUCAGCAAGGGGAAGAGCAGAAACAAAAAAGGAAAGUUGACAGCCUAGGCAAAGAGCUCGACCGAAGAGUUUGUGCAUUCCAGAAGACAGAGAGCAGGUGUCUGGAGCCAAAGCUCACAGAACAGAAAUGCGAGACAGAUAUGGAACAUAAGACGGAGUCCAUGACAGAGAAGAAGGAGCAGAUAGACAUGUUCAGAAGAAAGGUGGACAUGGAGAGGGAAAAACACCAAAAUUACAUUGAGGAAACUCAAAGGAUCACAUUGAACGGAAUCCAGACUGGGUUUUGUUCAGUUUUCGAGUCCUUAGCGGAGUUUUCCAGGGCUUCACAGAAACUGUACAGCGAUCUCGUGACUUGCAGUGAAAAUGCAGAUAAAGCUGGGAACCCCGCGUAUAUAGAAGGCGGCAUCAAGGAUGACAAAAACAGCAGCAGGUGACAUGAGGCGUUUGAGAAUCGGAAUUGGUGAAUUGUGUAUUUGUAUUUGUGUACAUAUAUUGUGUCAAAGCAGCUCGCUGAGACACAAUUAUUUAAGUUUUUAGGGUGAUGGUGUUGUAGCGAAGUAGCGACGAAUUUCUGAAUGUUGCUACAAUUAUUUAAGUUUGUAGGGUUGGUGGUGUUGUAGCAAGUAGCAACUCUCAUGGUAGACUUCUUUGGUUCCAAAUGAACAGAUUUUUCUCC